CCCACCCGUAGACCCUCGCCGCCUCCCACACCAUGUACGGCGUCGGCGGCGGCGGGUUCAACGCGCCGUCCACAGCCUCCGGCAAGCGCAAAAACCAGGAGGAUGACGAGGAGGACGAGGAGGAGGAGACCGGCGACGGCCGCGUCCUCGAGGCCUGGGAGCGCGCCUACGCGGACGACCGGUCGUGGGAGGCGCUGCAGGAGGACGAGUCAGGCCUGCUCCGCCCCAUCGACACCAAGAACCUCGUCCACUCCCAGUACCGGCGGCGCCUCCUGCUGCGCUCCGCGGCCGCCGCGGCCCGCAUCCAGAAGGGCCUCAUCCGCUACCUCUACAUCGUCAUCGACCUCUCCAGGGCAGCUUCGGAAAUGGACUACCGUCCUAGUCGAAUGGCCGUUGUUGCAAAGUGUGCUGAGGCAUUCAUAAGAGAGUUCUUUGAUCAGAAUCCUCUAAGUCAUGUUGGACUAGUGACAAUUAAAGAUGGCAUUUCUCAUCGCCUUACGGAUAUUGGUGGGAGUCCAGAGUCACAAAUCAUGGCGUUGAUGGGGAAGCUUGAGUGUUCUGGUGAUUCAUCUCUCCAGAAUGCUCUAGAACUUGUGCAUGGUUAUUUGAACCAAAUCCCGUCAUAUGGCCACAAAGAAGUAUUGUUUUUGUACUCUGCCCUUAAUACAUGUGAUCCUGGUGAUGUAAUGGAGACUAUAGAAAAAUGCAAGAAAUCUAAAGUUCGAUGCUCAGUUAUUGGGCUUGCCGCAGAAAUUUUCAUUUGCAAGCAUCUCUGUGAAGAGACUGGUGGGUCCUACACAGUCGCAUUGGAUGAGUCCCACUUCAAGGAAUUGCUUCUGGAACACGCUCCACCACCACCUGCAAUUGCUGAAUAUGCUGCAGCUAACUUGAUCAAGAUGGGUUUUCCACAGAGGGGAGCGGAGGAUCUUAUCUCCAUCUGCUCUUGUCAUAAGAAAGUUAAGUCCGGGGCUGAAGGCUACAUAUGCCCUAGAUGCAAAGUUAAUGUGUGCGAGCUUCCAACUGAGUGUCGAACAUGUGGUUUAACACUUGUCAGUUCUCCACAUCUGGCGCGGUCGUAUCACCAUCUAUUCCCUGUAGCUCCAUUUGAUGAGGUGACGUUCAAAUUGGGUCAAAAGGGAGGACAAAAUUGUUACGGCUGCCAGCAGAGCCUCAUUAACUCCGCUAGCCAAUCUAAUUUGCAUGUAUGCUGUCCAAAAUGCAAGCAGCACUUCUGCUUUGACUGUGACAUCUACAUCCAUGAGAGCUUGCACAAUUGCCCUGGUUGCGAGAGUCAGCGCAGUUUGCCUUGAUAGAGAUGCCAAUUGUGUGCAUUAUGCAGGUGUUGAUCUUUUUUUUUUGGUCAGAGAGCUGCUCAUUCUUGUAAAGCUUUCUCGCACAGCUAUCUCAAACAGUGUGCAGAUAACACCAGCCAUCCAUUUUGUUGACGCCUCUUGUUAGAUUGAGCUAGCUAGUUAAGCUCCAGAUACAGUUUUAGAGGCUGAGUUGGUGAGAUGUUGACAAAUGUACAACGUGAACGGGAUCCUGUAGUUCUUGCUGUUUUUUU